UUGCUUGGGAGAUUUUAACUGUAGCGUAAAGUCGGCUAUCCCAUUGUCACACGCGUCGCCCUUGGUGUUUGUCCCUGCUCAAGCUGCUGCGCGACAGCAGAGCAGAGCGCCUCCCUCCGCCGCCGGUAACCAUGGUGGCAGAAGCAGAUCUCGGGCCUGAAUUGCUCGUGCCACCGGCGACCCCCGACAUUGGCCGGAAGGCGCCGGCCCAAUCCGCCGUGGAUGGCUGCUCCUCUCGCUCUGCGCCGCCCGCCCCCGCGUCGGUUGGCCUCUGGGAGGUGGAUAAGCACGGCUUCUUCUGCGUUCCACGCUCCAUUGGGGAACAGCGUCAAUCUGCACCGGAGGAAGGACAGGAUUGUGCAGCUAACACGGAAGCAUCCUCGCCGGAGGAGAGCGCUUCCUCUGACGACGAGAUUGCGCCGCCAGGGGAAUGUUCUGUACCCACGGCUACUAGCCCUGGUGCUACUCUUAUCUCUACCAUGACACCGGACAAAGUGGAGAAUACACCUUGGAAGAAGCCGAAGAAGAGGUCCACAAAGGGUCUCACCCGAUUAAGGUUGAACAAGGAUAAACGCUUCAAGUCACUUCACAAGACACCGGUGACAAAGGGUAACGCUAAGAAGUCAGCAAAGCGCAAGUUGGAUUUCGAUUCGCCUGAAAUCAUCACGGCUAGUUUCAGCAGAGCCAUGCUGAUGGAUAAUUUGAGGUGCCUAGCGAAGAUUAAUAAUCUGUCAAAUGAGUUGAGGAGCAAUAAUGGGAAAAAAAGGAAAACAAGUGGUGUAAUGGCUAUGGUUCCUUACCAGAAUGCUCCAAUUGAUUCACCAUGCUCUGCAUUGGUUCCAUUUGGAAAUUCCGCGCAGCUUGCUAUGGUUCCCUAUCUAAAUCGCGGGAAGAAAGUGCGGGCCAAGUUGCUAGGUAUCACUCCUGAGACAAAAAGAGUGUAUGAUGUUCUGAUGAAGUGGGAUGAAAUUGACGGUGAAAGUUUUGAAGGGCUGGAUAUUGGCAGUGGACCUGAAUGGGAUAAAAUCCGGCUGGAGUAUAAAAAGCACGUGGAUUCGUUUAUUGCUAUCGUGAAGGAUUUAUUCGGUCCCAGAGAAUUUUCUCAAUGGGGAGGAUCAGUAAUUGAUUCUGUCGUCGGUACUUUCCUUACCCAAAAUGUUGCUGAUCAUUUAUCAAGCAAUGCUUUUAUGGUCCUAGCUGCAAAGUUUCCUAUGAAUAAGGGGAGUGGUAAUGCUGAAGAAAGUUCUCACGUGCCUCUCAUCAAAGAAAACUUGAAUUUGAAUAAAGCAUCUAGUUCUAAUUCUAUCAGUUCAGCCUUUUCCAAACCAGCUGACUGUGAGGAAGUUGGCUACAGUGAGGAGGUAAAAGGGCAAUAUGGUGAAGAGUACAAAACAAUUAUUGAGAAUUUCCUAGCUAUUAUACAAGAAAAUGACAUAUCUACUUGGGGGAAGGAUGAUCUUUUGAACCUUGUGAAGGAUAAGUCUUCUAAUUCAGUAUGCAGUGAAACAACCUUGAGAAAAUUCAUAGCUAGUCUGCGGCUGGAAGAUACUGCUCAUUGGGAUAGGUUACGGGGGGAAGCAUGUAGAAAAGGAUAUGAUAACAGAAGUGAAACUAGAAUAACUGAUAAAGUUGAUUGGGAAGCUGUAUUACAUGCUCCACUCAUUGAGGUCGCAAAGUGCAUUGCAGGCAGGGGACAGCAUUACCUUCUGGCAUUGCGGAUACAGGCGUUUCUCGCGCGCAUAAAGAAAGACCAUGGAAGCUUCGACCUGGAUUGGCUUAAAUAUGUACCACGAGAAAGCGCGAAAAAUUACCUACUCAGUGUAAAUGGGCUUGGAGCUAAAAGUGUUGACUGCAUUCGUCUGUUGUCACUGAAGCAGAAAGCAUUCCCAGUUGAUGUGAAUGUAUCUCGCAUAGUUACAAGGCUAGAAUGGGUCGAACUCGAAUGCUCUCCUGAGGAGUUUCAUUUGGUUGACUUAUAUCCACUCAUGAAAGAUAUUCAGACUUAUUUAUGGCCUCGUUUAUGUACUAUUGGGAAGGAAAAGUUGUAUGAACUACACUGUCUCAUGAUAACUUUCGGAAAGGUAAUUUGCACAAAAGCAGCUCCAAAUUGUAAAGCUUGCCCUUUCCGUGCACGAUGCAGGUACUAUAAAAGUAAUCUUGCCAGAUCAUUACUUCCUCCUGCAGAGGAGAGUGUGCAUGGACCUGGUGAAGAGCAAACAAGUAUGGUUACUUCUGAAAGACUCUUGUUGCCAAACGGUAGCUGCACGCCAGGUCAUCUAGUUUGUCAAAAUCAAAUAAAAGAAAGCAAGACUGCUGGAAGAGUACCCACCCGUAACUGUGAGCCCAUUAUUGAGGUGCCACCAAGUCCCGAAUGUGAACAUGAAGCACUGGAUGAGCAAGAACAAUGUCUUGAUAUUGAAGAUAUGAUGUCAGAUGGAGAACAGUACGAUGCUAAAAUAAAUCUGUGUUCGUACAAGCCUAUGGUGAGCAUUGGCUGCUGGACACCGAAUCGUGGAAAAGAUUUGGUGUUGAGCAACUCACACCACACUUCUUACCAAAGCCCAAAAUUGAAAAACCCAGGGCGUCUUAGGACAGAGCACCAUGCGUAUGUACUACCGGAUGAUCAUGUAAUCUUGGAAGAGUUUGAAAAGAGAGUUCCAGAAGAUCCAUGUCCUUAUCUCCUGGUUGUUAUUCCUUGUCCUGAUGACGAAGUGGUGAAAGGCACAAUGCUGGCUGACCAAGGACAGGAACAAGAUCAGGAUGGAGACAGUGCCAUCACACUCACCCUGAGCAGUAAUGCACCUGAUGAUCAUGCAUUUGAUGGCUCUGUGAACCAAGCUAACCAUGAUCUGGAACUCCCCCUGGUGCCAUUUUCUGAACCCAAUGCUGGUGGACAGAUACCUGCUGCACAGAAUGAUAUGGUCAUUGGGAGAGCAAUUAUCCCCGAAUUCAUUCAUCAGCCACAAGAUUUCCCUGCCCUCAUGGACUCUGAUAUCCAUCAACCCAUGAUAGAAAAACUGCACAUUACUAGUGAAGGCACUGAUAUAUGGCAGCAGCACUUCAUGCCAAAGAAUGAUUCAUCAGAUGCUGUGUCAAUCCCAGGUCCAUGGAUUGACUUCUUCACUGUGAUGCUCAUCUCACCUGACAACUUUGCAUGGGCUAGGAAAGUUCUCCUUUCCAAUAUGUGGAACAUCUUUGCAUCCACUUCUGAUGUUUCCAGGCAGUUUGCAUUACCAGAUUCAUGUCCAUCCAAAGUUGCACCCAAUUGCAAGCUCACAGCCAGAGUCUCUGAAGCUAGCCAAGGUUUCUCCACCCCCCAAGCAUCCAGAUACGUGAACUCUCCUGAGGAACUGCCCAUGUCUACUUCAGCAAUCAGAGUCAAGAGAUCCAUGAAACCACCAAUUGUUGUGACACAAGUCAGAAGGAGUGAUAGACUCAAGGAUAAAAAUGGUGGCUUCAAGCACAACACCUGCAUCAACAAGCAUUGCCUCGCAUGUGCAUCUAAGGCCCCAGAGAUCAACAAGAAGAUCUGCAGCCAAACCCAAGUUGAAGAACACAAAGAAGGACAAUGAUGCUACACCAACCAAGAAGCAAAAGUAGGAAGGAAAGAGUCGGCCACACUGCCCCAAGAAGCAUGACCCACUAUUUUGUGCUUUGCUUUCUUUGUAAUAAAUAUUAUCUCAUGACAUUAUCUUCCCACCAUAUGUCCGCUGAACCUUAUGGACAAUACUAUGCUAUAUGCAUGUUCCUAUCUUAUUUUGUGGCCUGUGAUGUAACAAAUACUCUGCUUGCAUCACCUGCCAUAACAAGCGACAUAGUUUCCCUAUGAAUUGCAAAGAAUGGACAAUUCUAUCAUGGAACAUUAGAGGUAUUAAUGGUAAAGAUAAGUGGGUAGAGGUCCGCAAGAAAAUUGAAGAAAGUGGCUGCUCGAUUAUUUGUCUUCAGGAAACCAAACGAGAGGAGGUUGAUUCAUCGUUCAUUCAAAACUUCUGUCCUAGGAGAUUCAACAAAUUCUUAUUUCUUCCAUCACAUGGAAGAUCCGGUGGACUUCUCAUCAUCUGGAAUGGGUCACUCUUUGAUGGUCAGCUCAGCUUCAGUAAUGCAUACUUUCUCAUUGUGGAAUUCACAUGUCUGAGUUCUCACAAACAAUGGCUUCUAACCAAUAUUUAUGGCUCCUGCCAAGAUAACCUGAGAACUGAAUUUCUUGAAUGGCUAAACCAAAUUGACAUGCCAGAGGAGCACAAUUGGAUGGUAAUUGGAGAUUUUAACUACCUUAGAUCAACAGAUGACAGGAAUAAACCUGGAGGGAACAUUAAUGACAUGUUGAGAUUCAAUGAGGCGAUCAGCCAACUGGGCUGGAUUGAACUGCAAGAUCUAGUCAGCACAACUUUGACCUCUCCUCUCUGGAAGAACCAUUUACUCAUGAAGAAAUUGACAUGGUGGUCAAAAACCUUCCAUCCAACAGAUCCCCUGGACAUGAUGGAUUCAUUACUGGCUUCAUUAAGAAAUGCUGGCCCAUUAUCAAGGAUGAUUUUUAUGAUCUCUGUCAACAAUUCCAUGAACGCAAGCUCUCUCUCAUACAUCAACACCUGCUUUAUUGCACUCAUCCCAAAGAUAGAUUCUGCUGACAAGGUCAAUGACUUCAGACCCAUCUCACUCCUCAACUGUACACUCAAGCUUAUCACCAGACUCCUUGCAAAUAUACUUCAGGCCAUUAUCAUGCAAUUGAUUGAUCACGACCAAUAUGGCUUCAUCAAAACCAGAACCAUUCAAGACUGUCUGGCUUGGGCAUUUGAAUACAUUCAUGCCGGUCACAAAACCAAAGAAGAGACAAUCCUACUCAAACUUGAUUUCGAAAAGGCAUUUGAUAAGGUCGAAUACAAGGCCAUCAUACAUAUUAUGCAGGCUAUGGGAUUUGGAGCCAAAUGGUGUCAAUGGAUCACAAACAUUCUUCACUCUGCAUCAUCACAGAUCUUACUUAAUGGUGUGCCUGGUAAAAUGAUCCACUGCAAAAGAGGGGUUAGAAAGGGGGACCCAUUCUCCCCACUAUUAUUUGUCAUUGUUGCUGACCUCCUUCAAACAGCCCUCAAUGAGGCCAUGCACCAGGGACAACUGGAGAGACCAAUUAACUCCAGUGCCUGUCCAGACUUCCCUAUCAUCCAAUAUGCAGAUGACACCCUGGUCAUUAUGAAGGCAGAUGAAAAUCAAAUUCAGAUACUUCAAGACAUCCUCCAACAAUUCCAUGCAUCCACUGGUAUCAAGGUCAACUUUCAAAAAUCAAGCCUGACCCCACUAAACAUGACUGCUGAUAGAGGACAACAAUUUGCAAUCUUGCCUGUCAGGUGGGUACCCUUCCAUUCACAUACCUUGGCCUGCCACUUGGAACCACCAGACCAAAAAUUGAGGAAUUCAUGCCUAUGAUCAAAAGAAUUGAAAACGGACUUUCAUGCUUCUCCAGUAUGCUUUCAUAUGAGGAAAACUGCAGUUAGUUAACUCUGUUCUGUCUGCCCUCCCCACUUUCCAAACGAGCACAUUUAUACUGCCUAAAAGUGUUAUUGCCCAGAUUGAUAAAUAUAGAAGGCACUGCGUCUGGCGCGAACAAGACCUCACCAAGAAAAAUCCACCCCUUGCUGCAUGGGAAAUGGUUUGUAGACCGAAAGAUGAAGGUGAACUUGGAGUCAUCAAUCUUUAAUUACAAAACAAAGCAAUGAUCAUGAAGAACUUGCACAAAUUCUGCAACAAAAUUAACCUUCCAUGGGUUAACCUGUUGUGGGAACAAUACUACUCCCAUGAUCUCCCCACACAUACCACCCCUGAGGCAUCAUUUUGGUGGAAAGACACAUUGAAGCAACUAGCUACAUACAAAGGCAAUGUACAUUGUAGAGCCCAGCAAGGAAAAACUGUCCUUUUUUGGCAGGAUAGAUGGAAUGAUAAUCCACUUGCCACCACCUGGCCACAACUUCACUCAUUUGUCAUCAACCAGUUCUCCACUAACUGGGACAUUGCCAACUUUCAGGACCUCACAGAUCUAUUUCACCUGCCACUAUUUGCUGAAGCUCACCACUAAUUUCAGGAAUUCACACAGCUUGUGGCAAACAUGAGCAGAACAGAUGAACAAGAUACAUGGCUAUACCCAUGGGCCAAUCCAGACUAUUCCACUGCAAAGACCAACCAAACUCUCAUUGCACACAUUGACAUCCCCAUGUCACUCAAGUGGAACUGGUCAUCUUGUUGCCAACUCAAGCAUAAAGUUUUCAUGUGGCUCCUCAUCUCCAAGAUUAUAAUUGCAUCCUUUGCAACCAACGAAUACUGGAAACCAGAGACCACCUAUUCUUCUCCUGCCCUUUUGCCUUGGCAUGCUGGAGAUAUAUCUGCCCUACAUUCAUGCCCCAACAGUCUGUUCAUGACAACAUCAUGGACAUCAUGCAAGAGCUUCAAGUCCCAUUUCAUAUGGAAAUCAUCACUGCGGUCAAUUGGAGUAUCUGGAAGACACGCAAUGACUUCGUAUUCAAUGACAUCAGACCAUCACUCUACAGAUGCAGGCACACCUUCAAAGAUGAACUUAACCUUGUCUUCCGUAGAGCGAAAAGAAAGAAAUAGCAUGCCAUGCAAUCAUGGUUCGAAAACUUUAGAUAGUUUUCUCAUAUAUCAUAUGUAAAUAUUUUUAUUACAAUUUUAAUAAAUUUGCUAUAGGUCUUAUGACCUAAAGCUUUCACUAAAAAAAAAUGUUACUGCAGCCUCCAACCGUCACACACAUCGUGGUUGGCCAGGCAUUAACCAAAUAAUGUGGCUUAGCUAGUUUUAUCUAGCCUAGCUAAGCAAGUUAAGCCAGGGAUCCAAAUGGACCCAUUUGACCUUUGAGGGUCAAUUCGUAAUAAAUGGCUUUGUUAACUU